AUGCCCAAAGCCAACAAAGCCGUUAAAGAAGAAGACUCCAAGCCAUACAUCCAACCGGAAGGCAAAAAGGCGCAAAAAUCUCCGCAGAAGAACUCGGAAGGUCCGUGGACGCCUGAUCAAGCUUGGCUGCUCUUCAAUGCGCUAUACAAGAAAGAUAAGGUGGACUGGAAGAUGGUAUCUGAAGCUGUCGGAAGGAGUUCCAAGUCGUGCCAGAACGGACAGGCUUUAUACAAUAUGCCGAAAGCGCCAAAGACCGCCGUGAAGAACGAGGAGGACAUCAAGCCCUAUACCAAGGACACAGAUGCACCCACCUCGCCUCAGAAAUCGAGUAAGAAGUCCACGGGGGAAGCGUGGACUCCGGAGCAGAUGUGGGCGUUGUUCAACGCGAUGCAUCCUAAAAAAGAUAGCCCGAAUUGGAAAGAGGUGUCGGCCGUGGUCGGACGAGACGUGAAGUCCUGCAAGAACGGGUACGAUGGAGUUUUGAAGAAACGAUUGGAAGGGAUCGUGAAAGGCACUGUCAGCCGAGGGGGUUGA